CCGAGGGAAGAACGUUAUUAGUGGCGGUGAUGGUGGUGGUAGUGGACGUCCUGGUGUUACACUUGCUAAAAGAUGGAGAGGGGAAUGAUAGAAAAGUUAACCAGAUGAAAUAAGAAAAAAAAGAAAAAAGAAAUACUCCUUAGUAAAUGGCCAAUCGAAUAAUCGUCAUAUAAAGCAUCACUAAAGUGAGAGGUGUUAGUUUGAAAGUACGAGCUCUCGUAGGAAGAUCGUUGCACGCCGAAUGAUCGGCAUGAGAUCGAGGUUUCAUUCGUUGAUCAUUGCUUUGUUUGGCUUUUCCGUCAUCGCGGUAAAGGCGACGGAAAAGAUAGAAAAUGCGCCUUGCAUCGAUAACGAUAAAUUUUAUCGAAAUCCAAAUAGACCUGCGUAUAAUGUUUGGUCAUCUUCCGAAUGUGCUAAAUAUUUUUUGUGUUUAGACAAUGAAGUAUUCGAAUUUAAAUGCUCACAGGGAUUACUUUUUGAUGUAACUCGACAAAUAUGCGACUACAAGAUGAACGUCGAUAAUUGCGAUGUAACUUUAGAGCCACAAUCGCCAAAACCUUUACUCGAGAAUAGUAAAUGCGAUGAAAAAAAUUUAGCUUGCGGAGAUGGUACAUGUCUUCCAGCUUUAUAUUUUUGUGACGGAAGUAUCGAUUGUCCUGAUGGAUCAGACGAAAGUUGGUGUGACAUGCGAAAUGAUCCAAGAGCUGCAUCUACGUGUGAUGAAAAAAAAUGUCAAUUACCAGAUUGUUUUUGUUCGAAAGAUGGUACACGCGUACCAGGAAAUUUAUCAACUACAGCUAUUCCGCAAAUGAUAACCAUUACUUUCAGCGAUGCUAUCAACGCGGAAAAUUUUGAUCUUUUUACAAAGAUAUUUUCAAGUGAUAAGAAAAAUCCUAAUGGUUGUUCUAUUCGUGGAACUUUUUAUGUCAGCCAUCAAUUUACUAAUUAUAGAGAUGUUCAGUAUUUGUGGAAUAAAGGUCACGAAAUUGCAGUUCAUUCAAUUACUCAUCGUGGACCAGAAGAAUGGUGGUCGCGAAAUGCAACUGUUGAAGAUUGGUUUGACGAAAUGGUUGGUAUUGCAAAUAUUAUUAACAAAUAUGCUGCUGUAAGGAUAGAGGAUAUUAAAGGAUUAAGAGCGCCUUUUUUGCAAGUGGGAUGGAAUCGUCAAUUUUUAAUGAUGUUGGAAUUCGGAUUUGUGUAUGAUUCAUCCAUAGUAGUACCAUUUUUAAAUACACCAAUAUGGCCUUAUACUCUUGAUUAUAAGAUACCAUAUGCAUGUGCAGGAUCAGAUCAGCUCUGUCCUACACGUGUUUAUCCUGGUGUAUGGGAACUUCCGUUAAACCAAUUUGUAGCAGGUGAAUACACUUGUGCAGCAAUGGAUUCUUGUUCAUCUAAUUUAUCAGGUGAAGAUGUUUAUGAAAUGUUAAUGUUAAAUUUCAAAAGACAUUACCUUAGCAAUCGUGCGCCUAUGGGUCUUCAUUUCCAUACAUCAUGGUUCCAAACUUCAACAUAUUUUCAUGCUUUUAAUAAAUUUUUGGAAGAUGUACUUCGACUACCUGACGUCUAUUUUGUAACAAGUCAACAAGUUAUAAAAUGGAUGCGUUCUCCAACAUCCAUAGAUCAACUUCACAAAUUUGAAUCAUGGCAAUGCAAUGAACGUCAAUUUGAAAAAUUUGAAAUUGCAUGCGAUGUACCUACAACUUGUUCACUUCCUAGUAAAAUAUUGAAGUCUUACAGAGAUUUAUACACUUGUUUUGAAUGCCCAAAAGAAUAUCCAUGGUUAAGAAAUGAAUUUGGACAAGAUUAAACGUAUUAGAAUGUAUAAUACAUAUAUCAUCAGACAUAUUUUGGGAAGUUGUUGUUUAAUAUAGUUGUACUAUAUUUAAUAUAA